GUCUGUCGGUCUGUGACGUCGGGCUGCGGUAGACAUACAGAGCUGUGUUGUGAUGGAAGCUAGCUAACUAGGAAGGGCGACUAUACCUUUAAGGGAAAGAAGCGUAACAAGACAAAUUUGCUGGUUUCGUUGGGACGCUUAGCUGGUUGACCGGGGGAUUUCGAUAUGAUAUUUUUAAAUCUUAUGCUCAUGCUUUGCUGCCUACAAGAUAUUAGAGGUCAGUUUGAGAAACCCUUGAAUAAAUAUAUUCGCCACUAUGAGGGAUUAUCCUAUGACAUUGAAGCCCUGCACAAUAGUCACCAGAGAGCCAAGAGGGCCCUCUCUCCUCAAGACAAGACCGUGCAGCUCGACUUCCAUGCACAUGGAAGACAAUUUAACUUGCGGAUGAGGAGAGACACAACUGUAUUUUCCCCAGAUCUAAUCAUUGAUGUAUCUGGAGAGGAGACACCCAUUGAUACAUCACAUAUUUACAGUGGAGAAAUCUUUGGUGAAAAGGGAACCCUGACUCAUGGCUCUGUAGUUGACGGCCGCUUUGAAGGCUUCAUUAAGUCCCAUCAAGGAACUUACUACAUUGAACCCUCGGAGAGGUACCUGAAGGACCAGAAUGGGCCCUUCCACUCCAUCAUCUAUCAUGAGGAUGACGUCAAUUAUCCUCAUAAGUAUGGCUCAGAGGGCGGCUGCGCUGACCACUCAGUGUACGAGAGGAUGUUGAAAUACCAAGCAACUGGAGUAGAGGAGCCAGGAGAAGAGGUGAGCAGGGUAUCGGAGGAAGAGGGAUCCCAUGGUCCUGUUAUUCUGAGAAAGAAGAGGGCAACUGCAAAGGAGAAAAACACUUGCCAGCUCUUCAUCCAGACUGACCACCUCUUCUUCAAAUUCUACGGCACAAGAGAGGCUGUCAUUGCCCAGAUCUCUAGCCAUGUAAAGGCUAUUGACUCCAUUUACCAGGCCACAGACUUCCUGGGCAUCCGAAACAUCGCCUUCAUGGUUAAAAGGAUCAGGAUUAAUACUACCGACGAUGAAAAAGACCGAACCAACCCUUUCCGCUUUGCUAACAUUGGAGUGGAGAAGUUUCUGGAGCUUAACUCUGAGCAGAACCACGAUGACUACUGCCUGGCCUAUGUUUUCUCCGACAGGGACUUUGACGAUGGGGUUCUUGGCUUGGCCUGGGUCGGAGCUCCUUCAGGAAGUUCUGGUGGCAUCUGUGAGAAAAGCAAGCUGUACUCUGACGGGAAGAGGAAGUCUCUGAACACUGGUAUAAUCACCGUGCAGAACUACGCCUCCCACGUCCCUCCCAAAGUGUCGCACAUUACCUUCGCUCAUGAGGUCGGGCACAACUUUGGCUCUCCUCAUGACUCUGGGCUUGAAUGCACCCCUGGAGAGUCGAAGUUGCAGGAUAAAAAGGAGCAGGGCAACUACAUCAUGUACGCCAGAGCCACAUCAGGGGACAAGCUCAACAACAACAAGUUCUCUAUCUGCAGCAUCCGCAACAUAAGCGCUGUUCUGACGAAGAAGAGAGAUUCCUGUUUUGUUGAGUCUGGCCAGCCUAUCUGUGGUAACGGACUAGUGGAAGAAGGAGAAGAGUGCGACUGCGGCUACAGCGAUCAGUGUAGUGACUCCUGCUGCUACAACGCCAAUGAAGGGGAGGGCAAAAGAUGCAAACUCCAACCUGGCAAAACCUGCAGUCCCAGCCAAGGCCCAUGUUGCACACCAGAGUGCACUUUUAAGGGCUCAAAUGCCAAGUGCAGACUGGAGUCCGAGUGCGCCGAACAGGGAACAUGCAACGGAGCUACUCCUCUGUGUCCUUCAUCCGAACCAAAGGCAAACUUCACCUCCUGCCAUUCCGAAACACAAGUCUGCCUCAAUGGGGUGUGCUCUGGAUCCAUUUGUGAGAAGUAUGGUCUGGAGGUCUGCACCUGUGCCAGCGAAGACAGCAAGGAUGAGGCCGCUGAGCUGUGCCACGUGUGCUGCAUGGAGAAGAUGAAGCCCACCACCUGCAGCAGCACAGGCUCAGAAAAAUGGGCCCAGUUCUUCAACAAGAAGAUCACCACGCUGCAGCCCGGCUCCCCCUGCAAUGACUUUAGGGGCUACUGUGAUGUGUUCAUGAGGUGUCGUCUGGUGGACGCUGACGGACCUCUGGCAAGGCUGAAGAAAGCCAUUUUCAAUGCAGAACUCUAUGAAAAUAUUGCAGAGUGGAUAGUGGCUCACUGGUGGGCGGUGCUCUUGAUGGGCGUUGCUUUGAUUAUGCUAAUGGCCGGCUUCAUCAAGAUCUGCAGCGUCCACACCCCCAGCAGCAACCCCAAACUGCCCCCUCCAAAGCCACUGCCAGGUACACUGAAGCGGAGAAGGCAGCAGCAAGCACAACAACAGUCUCAGGCUCAGGGCCAGCGCCACCACCGCCAGCCCAGAGAGAACUAUCAGAUGGGCCAGAUGAGACGCUGAGAUGCUGAGACUCGGCUCUACUCUUUGUCUUGGGUCUUCCUAGUGCCUACAGUAGGAGCACUUCACUCCAAAGAGUUUCCUUAACAACCUAUUCAAAGAUCUUGCAAAUGGAUCGAUUUCACUGAACAAAGCCCAAAGGUUUUUUUGGGCCUAACAAACACCUCUGCUCUAAGAGCCAGAAUAGCAGUGGUUCACACAGCUUUUAUAAUCAAUAAAUAACUUUUCCAAGGAAAAACAGGAGCAGAAAUUCACUGAUCUUUGUUAUGUGGUCUUAAUCUUUGAAUGUGAUUUUGUUUUCUAUCAGAAUGAAGGAGAGUGAAGCCGCUUGUGUCGCCUUCCUCUGUCCUUGAUGUGUGCUCCCUUUUCUCUUUUCCUGUUCUUCCACUCUGAAGUGCUGCCAUCAUCAGCACGAUGGCAGGACUGCAAGUCACAUAGGUAUUUACUGCCAUCAAAAACAGCAAUGACACAUUUAACAUUUUACAAUCUUUUGCCAAUGUUAAGAGAUUGUUUGAAAAGCUCAACGCACCAUCCCUUUCUUUCUUUCUUUUUUUCUCAAGCAUACAUCUACUUUCAGUGUGCAAUCGUUCAGAUGUGGCAGUAGGUUUUUUUUGUGUUUCAAAUGACAUUUUCUUUAUAAUGAAGAUUAUUUACUGUUUUAGUUCACUUUCUCAGGAUUAAUAAAACAAUAGCAAACAAGUGUAUUUAGUGAAGAAGAUGGCUGCAUGCAUAUUUCAGGGUAUAGUCCCUCCUGGCUGAAAGCUGUAUAUAAGGGUCCACGCUAGCUGCCACGGGAUUUAGAGAGGUUGUGUGAAAAUAAAGUAAAAAAAGGAGCUUAACAAGAUUACUCUGUAAUCUGUUAUCCGGUGAAGGGGAGAUUGAUUAUUUGGGUAUGUAUAUUCUUGUCAUAUGGUUUUGCAGCUGCGUUUACAUAGAGCUAUAGUCUGGGGAGGACAUAUAUGGUGAGAGAAUAGCUUUUAUCAUCCUGAUUAUAACACUUUUUCUUCUGUCAUAGCUGUUUUUCCUCCGCUUGUUUUGGCUCUGAUUCGUCACACAGUUGUAAAAAGUCCAACUUUUGCUGCUGUGGGAAUAGUUAGAGCAAAAUAGAAAAUGUGUUCAUAGGGAACGCUUGGAACAAAGAGAUCUGCUUUUACAGAAAAAAAGUGUCCCAUAAUGAUUGUCCUACCCACCCUUUCACUUGUUUGUACACCUCUUUAAUUGCACACACUGGCAGUUGUUUCUAGAAAUGACAAACUAUGUUAAAACCACUCAACAGCAGUUGAAUCCUCUUAAUGAGAAAUGUUUCUGGUUUAAAUGUGAUAUAGCUUUUAUUGAUUUUACUUGCAGUUCAGAUUAUUUGUAUAUGUGGAGGAUUUGAAUACAUUGAGGAAUCUUAGAGCUUCUAAUUAUAUUGUUUCUCUCUUACUACAGAGCGAUCAAUCGUUGUCAACUCUUCUGUCUUUUACUUUCCUACUGUUUUUGCUUUCCUCGAGGAAUUUUGUUACCCUUGUCACACCCUCUUGGUUUGUGUAAUUACAUUUAAAAUGUGCCUAUUCGAGGCAGUGUGACUGAAGUUAGCGAAGUGUCAGUGAUUUUUAUCGAGGCUUAAACCAUGCAUCAUCUGGCAGUUUGUCCAAGCACUGUUAUCAACCUGGACUGCUGAAGUGGAAAAACGAUCUGUACUGGAAAUGUUUUUGGGCUUGGCAAUGUAUGGUAAUCAUAGGAGGAAAUGUUAGGGAUGAUUGUUAUAUAUCGUCAUGAAAACCAAAUGUUACAAACACACAUUUUCAUGUAAUAAUCCACAUUUAUUUGAGAGAUUUUAAUACAUGUAUAAUACUCUAUGAUUUGGCUUUAGUUGAGUUUUCAGAGGUCUCCAACAGAUACAACUUAAUUUCACUGAUGUAUGAAUGAGAGUGGGGUCGAGUUAUUGGCAUGAGAAAUAUAUAGAUGUAUGUAUACUUUCUUAAGAUUAUGUUAGGAGAGAUAAACUUGGUGAAGCAAAGACAGAUGUUUUUUUUUCUUAUCGUUGCGAAAGAGUUGUAUGGAGCACAGCUGCAGCUCAGCAUUGUUUUCUGUGCAGGGAGAAAGGAUGUUGUGUUAAUGUUCAGAUAGAUUCUAUGCAGAGUAACAAGUUAGCCUCUUCACAGAUAAAUGCCUUCAAUGUUUUAUCCCAAAUGGGUACAUUAAAUAAUAAUGGUUUUGCUUUCAUAAGAAUAUUCAAUCUUCACUAUGUCUAUGUGCUGUAUUCUAGACUACAAUGAAACCCUGUGUUGCUCCAUUUAUUGAUUUAAUUUUCUUUCUGGUGCUACUGGCAGUGCUUUUUCUUGGGUCAGGUCUUAAGGUGUAUUUUUCUUUAUCUUUGGCACAUUUUAAAGCAUGUUCUUCUUGUGCGUGUGUGUGAUCUGCUUUGCAAAAUCAUCCUUGUCUUUUGUUGUUAACAUUGAAAGAUGUGGACAAUGCUGGGUGUUAGUGGAAAUCAUCUGGAAGUUGUUCAGUCUUGUAUGUGUUCUGAAUUAAAGCAAAUGUGCACUAAAGUGUAAGUGAUGCAAACAGAGAAUCCAAAAGGGUUUAGAUCCAGUACUUCUGUCAGAUUUAAUGUCUCCUGUGUUUUAUACAGUGUGUUCAACUGUCUUUUUUUUCAUUUACGUUUUUUGUUCUUUUUCUCAUUUUGCUUACUUUGAAAAGUUAUUGUGCAAAAAUAUAAUUUCUUUUGAACUACUUGAAAUGCAUUAAUAAACCAGAGUUGAUCAACA